CCGAGGAAAUGAACAGAGCAAGAAGACCAUUCAAAUUGACCAGGUUACAAAGUGUGACAGCUGGCUCCUUGUGCACUUUUUGAAUGUAUAUAUAAUUGCAACUUUUGGAAAGAUAUUUAUAGAUUUUUGGACAUGCUGAUUUGGUAGACACGUUCUGCUUAACAUAUAUUUUGUUUUUGUAAGCUACUUUAAAAAGGCAACAAUAUUACUGUAUUUUUUUGUGUGCAUUUGUUUUUUGUUUUUUGCAUAUUAAAUUACACAAAUGCAUAUCAACUUACUUUCUGAGAGCAUUUUUCUGUAGCCUGAUCAAACUCGUCAGGUUACACUUAUCCCGCAUGACGACGCGCUCAUUGCCUCACGAUUAUUGAAGAAGGAACGAGCGAGAAGCGUCUCUUCUGCAAUUUCUUCUCUGGACUGGAGGGUUAUUGCCAGAAUAUCUACGCGGCUUAUCUGCACUUUGGUGGAUUUCGCUUGCAUUGUAAAACUUCAUCAUCUGGCUUUCUGACAAGAAACACGAAAUGAAACCCUUUGCCUCGUUUGUCAUCCAGAUUGCGGUGACGCUCCAACUUCAGCUUUCACCUGCUCAGAUUACGCCCUCAUCCAGCUCAAACAGCACAACUGGAGUGUUAACGUUCCAGGAGGUGUGGGGUCGUAGUUUCUGCCGGACCAUAGAGAAGCUGGUGGAGGUGGUCCAGGAGUACCCCGGGGAGGUGGAGCACAUCUAUAGUCCCUCCUGUGUGCCCCUAGUGCGCUGCGCUGGUUGCUGUGGCGAUGAGAAUCUGGAGUGCCAUCCUACUCAGACCUCUAAUGUCACCAUGCAGCUGUUGAAAAUCAAGCCAGGGGAACAGGGUCAAGAAUACGUUGAAAUGUCUUUUGUGGAGCACCAGACAUGUCAAUGUAGAAUCAGGAAGGCUGUGGUGAAAAGUGAAAGGAGGAGACAAAGAGGAAGAGGAAGAAAAAGAAAGGAGAGACAGAGAGUGAAAGAUUGUGACAAGUGUCAGCCCCCUCGCAGGUAACUGCAGGAGCAGCCCUACACCUGUUGCAACCGGCAUCUCUAUUUAUUCUCUGCCCAGCGCUAACAGUAUCAAGAGUCUUCUAAACACAAUACUGUGUCUCUCUGCACCUAGAGACUCAAUCAGCUGGGUUGUUAUGGUGACUGACAGGCCCUCCAGCCUAGGGGAGUUUUUCUGACUUAAGUUCUACAGGAAGCACAUGUUGCUGGGUGAAAAAAACACCUUGGUGACAACUGACCUGACAGAUGUUUCUGUGAAGCAGUGCAAUGGAGGACCAAACUUUUUAAGGUUUUAGACUAACAAUCAUGAUGGAUAUGUUUGGCAUUAUUACAUGAUUAUUAUUGUUUAGUGUUGUUUUUUAUUGCUGUGGUUGUUUUUGCUGGUGAUCCCAUUUAAAAAUAAUAGGUCUACUUAUGAAUAAAUGUUCUAUUCAUGAAAUUGCAAUGUUGUUUUAAUAAAUCUUUAGGACUAACCGACUAACCAAAUACUUGUGGUCCUCUCAUGGCACGUAGGUUCCUAAGUAGACUAGCAACUCGUUUUCCCAACUGAAUGAGUCAUAUUUAACUUUUUGUCUUGUGGUAUAAAACUUUGUACAAUUAUACAUUAGUGCUAGCCUUCAGGGUUGGGUAAGUUACUUUCUCAUUGUAAUCUGUUACAGUUACUAGUUACUGGUCCAAAUUUGUAAUCAGUAAUGUAACUUUUGGAUUAACCAAACUCAGUAACGUAAUCUGCUUCCCAU